AUGCCGCCGCUGACAAGGACGCCUCCGUGGAGAACCGAUGGUGUCAACUACGAGACACAGUCCAGUCGACGGCCUUGGUCGUCCUCGGACCAGGACUGGUUCGAUGACGUCGCCAUCGUCAGCAACUUGCUCGCCGAGAACUGCCUGCACAAAGCCUAUGUCGACUGCCCAACCGACUACAAGAGAACUGCUUCCUACCGUAGUCGUCGCUUCGUUCAACAGCGACUGCGCGAGAUGCAGGACGCCUGGACGGUUUGCAAGGCUGAGGAGAUCCAAGGGUACGCGGACCACAACCAAUGGAAGAACUUCAUUGCCUCGGUACAGGCUGUCUACGACCCUACAGCUCUAGUAACUGCUCCUCUUCUCAGCGUCGACCGGAGUAUUCUACUCACUUAGAAGACACAACUUCUACCGCGAUGGGCCAAGAAAUUCAGGAGCCUCCUCAAUCGUCCCUCCACCAUCUCCGGUCCGCCGAAAGUGGAGACCAUCGUCGACCUCGACCUCCCGCCCUCUCUAUACGAAGCCAUCAGUGCCGUGCAUCAGCCCUGUAGCGGAAAAGAGCCCGGAUCGCACGUGAUCCCUACUGAGAUCAACAAGCACGGUGGCCUCCAACUCAUGGAUUAUCUGGCGGCAGUCUUCCGGGAUCUGAACGACUCUAUAAUCGUGCAUCUAUACAAGCGGAAAGGAAACCGCCAACUCUGCGACAAUCACAGCGGCAUCUCCUUGUUGAACAUCGCCGGGAAGAUCUUCGCUCGCAUCCUCCUCAACCAUCUGAGUAAUCAUCUGGAAUAA